AUGGCAGCAGGUACACGCUACGGAAAAUGUGAAGGGUUAGUAUGGGACUCACACGGGUCUGGUGGUUUAGGUGGUCUUGACUACAACACUGUUGCCGACUUUAAACCAGCUCUGUGUCAUGACAGUGUGGGUGGUUCAGAAUACCUGGAAUGGGCAUUGGACUUUGUGUCUGAAAACAGACACAAGACUUUAAACUUGAAGAAUCCAGCUGGCGCCACAUUGAAGAUAGGAGACCUGGACGAUACUAUUUAUAGUGGGGAAGAUUACGUGGUUAAUGGUUGGGGAAAGUUUUACCUUCCUGAGAAAGUAAGUAUGCAGGUUGUAGGUGUAGUGGAGGGGAUUCCGCGGUGUGACCAGCUCGUUCUGAUGACCUGCUGUGAGGACAGACAGGUGUAUGCCUAUGAUGGAGAGAAGCUGCAUCUGGUGGCUUCAAGCCUGCAGCAGCUAAGGGACGAGGGAAUAAAGUAUCCAGGGUCUAAGAGCUAUUACAAUGGGGAGGCCUUCAAAGAUAUGACCGAUGAGGACUGGGACAAAGUGAACAAGAGGCUGGACCAAGAACACCAUGAACUGGUGAUGUCAAAAAAAACUGAAUUCCUUCAGCAUCUGAAAUCAAUCAAAGACAACCUAGGGAAGGCAAGAUCCUCCAAGCAAAACAUGCAAAUCCUGAAUCCUGAUCCUCAACCAAGCUACAAAGAAGAUCAUCUACCUUAA